CCCCGCCGAAUCAACACAUUUAACUAUUCCUGAUCGCGAACGCCAAAGCAUGCGCUUCGAGUCCAUCACCGGCUGCGUAACAAAACAUCCGCAGUCCACCUGGCGGAAACCGUCACGAUGGCCAACCCGAACAGUCUCAGGCAGUCGUCGUUGGGCCCUUCAGCGCCCGCAUCACCGGUCGAUACUCGAUCACGCCGCGACUCGAUUACCUCGCACUCUGCGUCUUCGAAUAUCGACAAGGACCAACUUGCCCUUGCUCUCGACAAGAUUCACACCUCUGCCAGCCAAUCGGGUCUCUUGACAACCUUCAACGACUUCGCUUCUCCUCCGGGUUCACUGCCCUCGGCCGACAAUAAAUCGACCACCGGCGAUUUCGUCCAACAAGGGCUCAGUGGACUGUACAUUCGCUUCAAAGAGGCCGUAAGCGGCGCCGGCAAGGGGUCAACUCACGAAGCCGAUGAUGCCAAUAGCCAAGACGGAGCCUCAAUCAGGAAGAGCAUUAGCAACCCGGCCAACACCACAAACUCAAAGAUGUCGCCUCUUCCCCGCGAGGAAAGCGGUGCCACGAACUCGACCCUUCAGUCUGCUACAUCCUCAGAUAUCCAGACGUCAGGUCUGUCAUCAGCCGGCGUUUUGACAUCCGAGUCGCAGACCACAGCUCCACAGUCAUCCACCGCAUCUUCGAUCACACCAUCAUCCGCGCCGAGACCCUCGCCCGCAAGCGUCCAGAAUCUGCCAAAGAUCGUCAAGGCAGCGGUACCAGUCACGGCCAACGCCGCCAUCGCGCCUAUCACGGUGCAGGGUCUCAUGGAUAUGGAACCCACCCGGGGCGCUUCCACGCGCGUGGAUGAUCUCCCUCUCCGAACUGCGGCUGGUCGUAGGAGCAUAAGCAGGCCUGCGGACGCAGCACCGAGCCCUAACCUGUCGGGGACUCCAAGCCUAGACAGCGUAGCCACCAGUGAGCGAGUAGUGCUGCCGGGUCGGGCAAGAAGGGAAGAUGCCGUCACACUGGACGAAGGUACCGAUACUCCGCGCAGUCCGGUCCAGCCUUUGGCUGAAGCCCGUAUUCCAUCUUCCUCCUCCCGCCCCGUCCCCGCCGAUGUCAUGAACAUGAGAAAGCCAGCAGUGAUAGACCGCAUUGCUUUCUCUAGAGACCGGAGUCAUUCAAGGUCCUCGUCCAUGGAGCCAGGCGCUGCCGAAGCGAGCGCCAUCAGCACCUCGGCCCAUAGCUCAGUGCAUCAUGACUCUUUCACGCAUACUGAGCGGCCGCAGAGACUGCAGUCGGGUAUCAUGAAGAUCCCAGGUACGACCACCAACGAAGGCGCCCCUGAGAUCGUCAAUGCGAGGCUAGAACGGAUGCGGAAGCAGGUGCUAAGCAAGGAGUUUUGGAUGGCUGAUGAGACGUGCAAGGAGUGUUUCCUCUGCGGCACCCCCUUCACUGCCUUUCGACGCAAGCACCACUGCCGGACAUGCGGCUGCAUAUUUGACUCGAAAUGCACGUCCAAUAUCUCGGGCCAAAAGUUCGGUGUGCAGGGCACUCUCCGUGUUUGCAAGACCUGCCUCAACGUUAUCAACCGCCGUUAUGACAGUGGCUCCGACGACUCGGCCGAUGAGUCUUAUCUCCCAGCUAUAUUCCGAGCCAGCCAUCCGCUCAACGCGGCAGCUGCGGUUGCGAGGUCAAGAACAGACGAUGAGGCGAGUAUAUCGGAACGUACCGAACAGGCUGACGACACAAGGACCGCCACCACGCCGAUGAUGGCUAUUCCGGCGACACGGCGCAUGGGUGAUAGCAACCGCCACUCGGCCGUUCUGGAGAUCGACAUGCCGCAGCUCAGCCGACCAGGCUCGUCGCGUUCACUAAAAUCCCUAUCUGCUAGCCGGCCACCGUCCUCUGGUCACCGUCGGCACCAUUCCAAGCACAAUUUUCUGACAAGGUUCAAGUCGCCGCCAGACGACAGGGCUCCAUUUCGCACACCGGCCAGCGACGACUUAGGGAAGAAGUCCAACGUCAACGCCUUCCACGCCGAUAAUAUCAUCGACCCAGAGCUGGCCGAUUACAUGUCUGACGAAUCGAGCGAAGACGAGCAAAUGAGCAGCAUUUUUGCUACUCUAGACGGCGGCGAUUUCCAGCCGGCCAGCCUAGAUCCCGGUCGAUCAAGCUUCGGCACAUACCUGAGCGCAGGGAGAAAACAUCGUUUCCGCCAGGGUGACAAGAGCAUUAGCGGUUUAAGUCACACGAGUCGUGGUUACGAAGAGGGCGUUGGCCUUCAGAAUCUCCCAAUCCAUGCGCGGCCGCCGCGGAGGAGGAAUCUGAGCGUUGCGAGUGCCAGCGUCCAUCAUCUACGCUCCCCGCGGCCAAAGUCGGCAGUUCUGAAGGGCGCCUCCGCCUCCGCCGACAGUCCUUCCAUCUUUGACAAUGCCAUUGAUGCGCCCGGGCUGAAGCGAAACGAUUCCAUACGUGAAGGAAGGUCCACGGAGGAGGGCCUGAAUCCCGCGAGCUUACAGCACGUGAAGAAGUUGUUUCGGCAGUUGCUACAAGAUGCCGAGAUCCCCAACCCGGCUGGGUGGGAGAGGGCCCUGAUCCCCAUCCUCGACAAGUGUGCCGACGACGUCGACCCAGACAUUCGCAACGGAGAUGACAUGGAUAUACGGCACUGGGUAAAAUUGAAAAGGAUACCCGGCGGCAAGCCAGGUGAUACUGCCUACGUGCAUGGUGUUGUCUUCACCAAGAAUCUUGCCCUGAAAAGCAUGCCGCGAAAGAUCCGCAACCCGAGGAUAGUGAUUGUCACAUUCCCCCUCGAGUACCAGCGCCACCCGGAGCAGCAUUUUAUGAGCUUGCAGCCAGUCAUCGAGCAGGAGAAGGAGUACCUGAGGAUGGUGGUUAACCGGAUCCUCAAUCUGGAGCCGCACGUGCUGUUGGUUGAGAAAAGUGUUGCAGGCAUUGCGCUGCAGUACCUCUCAGAAGCAAACGUCGCUGUUGCCUACAACGUCAAGCCAUCUGUUUUAGAAGCCGUGGCGCGCAUUGUGAACAUGCCGGUCAUCUCGUCAAUGGACAUGCUCACCCUUGGGGCUCGGGUCGGUGUGUGCGAGAGCUUCGAGGUCAAGACCUUUGUCAACAACGAGAUCAGAGGCAAGAAGAAAACCUACAUCUUCAUCUCCGGCUGUCCGAAAGACCGUGGUUGUACCAUUGCGCUGCGCGGCGCCUCGACCGCGAUCCUCUCUCGGAUGAAGCGCAUCACCGAGUUCAUGGUCUACGUCGUCUACAAUCUGAAGUUGGAGUCUUGCCUAAUGCGCGACGAAUUCGUCCACAUCCCUUCUGAGCUCGCGCUGCCAACGCCACCGAGCUUAGUGUCGGGGUCACAUACCGACGACAGCCUCGUCUUGCGCCCUGGCCAAGAGCCGGAUGUCUCCAGCAGCCGUCCUGCCAUUCUCAUUACGCAUCAGAGCACAGAGAGUCUGAAUGGUUCACACGCCAGCGACGGGGGGUCUGCGGUUGCCGAGCCGGAACCAGCUCCCGUCGAACAGGCUGCACAGCCCGCUGCCGAGUCGGCUCAGGGCUCGGUAUCCAUGCAUGAGUUGCACUCCCAUGCGCAGGUACCAGAUGACGUCCCGAUGGCUACUUUUCACAGCGAAACCGUGGAGAAGUACGAGACCAGGAUUCUAUCUACAUCGCCAUUCGUCCAGUUCAGGCAACCUUAUCUGCUCAUGAAAGCGCGGGAACAAGAGCGGCGUGCGGCCUACCUGAAACAGCUCCUUCAAGAAGAACAAGUAGAAGAGAAGACAGAGGAGGACGAGAAGCGAGAUCUGGAACCCUUCCAACUCGUCAAGCCGGAAAUGGUACGCGGAGUUGAGCGUACAGCUCGUCGCAAGGUUAUGGAGGUUCUGCAUGCCGUCCAUGACGCCGAAUACGACAAAGCUAUGCACAGUUACCGAACACAGGCGAAGCAAUGGGAGGCGUAUAUUUAUGGAAGCCUUGACCUCUUUGACCCGCAUUCGCACCAGAACAUCGUUGUCCUCUAUUCAGUCACUUGCACGGCAACCAAGAUACCAUGCUCGGAGCCCGGUCUGGUCGCCAUCGAGUUCUACAAUGAGCACCCGGAUCCGAACGGGAGCAUGGAUCAGGACUGCACUUUGGGGCAAUACAUCGAAGACGUCUGCGAGGGUGCCGAUUUUGUCUGCCACUCCAAUGGGUGCGACCGGAAGAUGUACGAGCACCAUCGUACUUACGUCCAUGACAACGCCCGUCUUACCAUCAUUCUGGAGAAGUCUCCGGCCUGGCCCGAGAACUUCCCUGAGAAGCCCCAUGACAGAGACGGCGACAAUAACGGGACGGGCAUUUGCAUGUGGAAUUACUGCAAGCAUUGCAAGAAGCACUUUGGGCUGAUGCCCAUGUCUGUGAGCACCUGGAAGUACUCGUUUGGCAAAUACCUCGAGCUAUCGUUUUGGAGCAGAGGACUUCGAUUGAACCCUCAGACAGAGUGUCCGCAUGAUCACCAAAAGGAUCACAUCCGCUUCUUUUAUUAUCUGUACCGCGACAUCGCAGUUAGGGUGCACUAUGACCCCAUAGAUCUCUAUGAAAUCAUCGUCCCUCGGACGAGGAUCACCUGGAAGGUGGACUACGACCUGAGACUCAAGAACGACAUCUACCUCAAAGCGGAGGAGCGGUGGAACCGUUUCAUGACCUCGGUUGCUGCGAGACUCAAGAGCAUCCGGAUCGACAGCGUGCUGCCAGAGAAAGCCGAGGCUUGUCGUGUAGAGGUGGAGAGGCUCAGCAAAAAGGCGCAGGAAGAGCAGCCGCAACUGAUCCGCGCCCUUCAGGACGCUUACAUGAAGUCAAGAUACUACGAGGUGAUCCCGUUCAACGCCGUCAUCCGUGAGAUGCUUGAAAAGGUGACGGACUGGGAUGCCGCGUUUGCCGCCUUUGAAGCCGAAUUCCUCUCAGACAAGGACGUCCGCCAGUUGACUAUCAUCCAGCUGAAGAAGAUGUUCACGGACCACGAGUCCAAAGAGGCCUUACCGAGCACGGAGACGACCACGUCUAUUGCGUCCGAGCCCGAGGAAAAAUUGACACCCUCUGCGUCCCCGGGUAUGUCCGAUUCCGACGAGAAGCCAUCCCAAACUUCGGAGGGCGAUACCCAUCAACCGCUAGAAACUCCUCUUGACUCGGCCACGCAGCCCAUUCCAGUACAGAAAGAAGCGGCUACGGAACAGGUGGAGGAACUUCUGGAGCGAGUUGAGCCUCUGGACUUUGUAACUCCAACCUCGGCGACAGCGGCAAAGAGCCUUCUCCCCGCUCCAGAAGUAACGUUGGAAGCCCUCAAGCCGCCACCCACCGACCAGUCACCCACUUCAGCGCCCGCGUCUGUUUCUACAGCUUAUCUCGCGUCGCAAGCUAGUGUGUUGCAGCCGCCGGCUCCAGCCCAGCUAUCGUUGACGGAAAAGGUCGAGCAAUUGCGUCGGGAACAGCGGGUACUGUCAAACGAGACCGCAGGCCCGGUUUCCGGUGCCGGAAACGUCAGCGAUAUUCUGAGACCAACAGCGGAACGGAUACUGCCUAGGCGGAUCGGUUCAACCGUGCCACCUCCACUGGUUCGUGCAAUCUCACAGCCGCCCGGGACAUUGCCGAGGACCCAGUCCACUAUCGGAAAGUUCCUGAAGGAACAGAAGUUUCAGGAUAUGGGAGGCGAAGCGCAAAAAGCGUCGGCAGAGGGCAUAAUGAAAGCAGACAAGAAGUUCAGUGACCGUAUCGGUCUUGGAUCCCUCAAGAGUCAUCGUAAGGCAGUGCCUUCUGGGAUUCCACGUUACGUCCACAAGAGGGAGUCAAAGGUCUCUACUCUGGCGCGCCACUUCGAACAGUUGAGCCGUGAAUUCGAAAAGGAGAGAUUGAAGGACCGGAAACAGCGCGCUGCUAAGAUGCACCACACCCGGGCGUUCUUGCCGCGUUCUUCUACCAAGACCAUAGUAGAAGUCUACAAAGACGUGGACCAGGCGGUGCAGGAGCCGGGGCCGUCGGAGGACGACCAUGUCCUCGACAGAGAGCAGAGUGACAAGCAGACACAGGAAAUGUCAACCACGCCUGCCGUCGCGCCUGCCGGGACGCAGCAGGCUACGUCUUCGGAGACAGAACCCAGUUCAUCCCAGGAACUCCCUUCGCAGACGUCACGGCCAGACGAGGCGGCUGAGCAAGCCGAGACAGGUAACAACCGGCAACACAGCCGAGCCGAGUCGGAUGAUGAGGGAGCAGAAAGUGACGCCGAUCAUUCUGCCAUCACUCUUGAUGACAUUCUGCCGGAUGUCAAAGAGAUUGCCGAUUCCUUGGACCGAAGCGAAGAGUUACCCGAGGAGUUGCCAAAGCAUGAGAAGAAGAGUCUGAUGACAAUGCUGACCAAUUUCUGGGCUGAGCGCUCCGCCAGCGGCUGGCCUCAGCUGGAGUAUCCUAUCAACGCCACGGACCACAUCUUCUUCGAUUCAGACGUAAUCAUCAAGGAGGACGAACCAAGUUCCUUGGUGGCUUUUGCUCUGAGUUCGGAGGAUUACAAGUCGAAGCUCGCCGAGAUCCGGCAGAAGUGGGAAGUGGCAACUGACCUGGAGACGGACAACAGCAGCGACGGGUUGGAGAUGAAAGGGCUGCAGCCCUCCAGCCCGGUUGCCACCAACAAUGCAAAGGCCACCAAAUACAACACAGAGCUUGAAAAGAGCCUGCUCCGGCCAACGGGCAUGCACGUCAAGUACCAGUUUACUGAAGGGUCGGCGAAGAUGACGUGUCAGAUCUUCUACGCCGAGCAAUUUGAUGCGCUCCGGCGCAAAUGCGGCGUCGCUGACCGCUUCGUCGAGUCGCUGUCUCGGUGCAUGAAGUGGGAUUCCAAGGGCGGCAAGACAAAAUCCGUCUUCCUCAAGACGCUGGAUGAGCGGUUCAUUUUGAAGUCCCUCUCGCCGAGCGAGACAUCAUCGUUCCUCAGGUUCGCCCCAGACUACUUCAGCAUCAUGGCCGAAGCGCUCUUCCACGACCUUCCGUCCGUCAUUGCCAAGAUGUUUGGUUUCUUCCGCAUCUUCAUCAAGAACCCGCUCACCAACACCGAGAUCAAGCUCGACCUUUUGGUGAUGGAGAACCUGUUUUACGACCGGUGCCCCAGCCGGACGUUUGACCUCAAGGGGUCGAUGCGCAACCGCAAGAUCCAGUCGACGGGCGAGCAGAACGAGGUGCUCCUCGACGAGAACAUGGUCGAGUACAUCUACGAGUCGCCGCUGUUUGCGCGAGAGCACUCGAAGCGGCUGCUGCGGGCGUCUGUCUUCAACGACACGCUGUUCCUGGCGAAGCAGGACGUCAUGGACUAUUCACUCAUGGUUGCGGUGGACGAGGUGAAGAAGGAGAUUGCCGUGGGCAUCAUUGACUGCAUCCGGACCUACACGUGGGACAAGCAACUCGAGAGCUGGAUCAAGAACCGCGGGUUCGCGGGUGGUGGGCGCAACAGGCCGACAGUCACGAGUCCGAGGGAGUACAAGAGCCGGUUCAGGGAAGCUAUGGCGAGGUAAGUUCAUUUAUCUCUUGGGCGGCUAAAAGCUGGCAUGAAGUCGUUCGACUAACGGGCGGUUUGACAGGUACAUCCUGCAGUCUCCCAACUGCUGGCACACAUUUGGGAAUCGUCAUUCGCCGUCUACGCCUGCCACUCCGAGACCGCGGUUUGAGGAAGACGCCUGACAAGGUAGCCACAUAUUCUUACCAAGGCAUGGGAGUAUGAUUGAUGAAUGUUGGAUCAUUUGAUGGCAUGGCAGAGCGAUGGAUCCAUCGUGGAAUGUUCUAAGGCUUGGGUUGCACUGGCGUCUUGGGGAGGGAGUCUCAAGUGGGCAUACCGCCGCUGUUUGUUCUGUUUAUGCAUAGUUGAGGUGUCUAGGAGUUGGCCAUUUUGCUCUACUGAUGAUGAGUCAGCGGG